UCCGUGCCGGCGGAAUCGCCGUUUGACCCCGGAAGUGCGGGAGCUCCGAGAGCUGUCACAGUGAACGGCGGCGGCGGCGGCGGCGGCGGCGGCGGCGGCACAUCGCGGGUGGUGGAGCCGCCGAGGAGGGUCACGCAGCACAAUGCCAGCUCUGCCCCUGGACCAACUCCAGAUCACCCACAAGGACCCGAAGACAGGAAAGCCGAGGACUUCACCCGCGCUGCACCCUGAGCAGAAGGCAGACCGGUAUUUUGUGUUAUACAAACCACCCCCUAAAGACAACAUUCCCGCCCUAGUGGAGGAGUACCUGGAACGCGCCACCUUCGUAGCCAAUGACCUCGACUGGCUCCUGGCCUUGCCUCACGAUAAAUUCUGGUGCCAGGUUAUCUUCGAUGAGACCCUACAGAAGUGCCUGGACUCCUACCUGCGCUAUGUCCCCCGCAAGUUUGACGAGUGGGUGGCCCCGGCCCCUGAGGUUGUUGAUAUGCAGAAGCGCCUCCAUCAAAGUAUUUUUCUUAUCUUCCUCCGCAUGUCCACGCACAAGGAAUCCAAAGAUCACUUCAUUUCCCCCUCUGCAUUUGGAGAAAUCCUCUACAAUAAUUUCCUCUUCGACAUCCCAAAGAUCCUGGACCUCUGCGUGCUCUUUGGAAAAGGAAACUCGCCGCUGCUCCAGAAGAUGAUAGGAAACAUCUUUACUCAGCAGCCAAGUUACUAUAAUGACCUGGAUGAAACCAUGCCCACCAUCCUUCAGGUCUUCAGCAAUAUCCUCCAGCACUGUGGUUUGCAAGGGGACGGGGCCAGCGCCACACCCCAGAAGCUCGAGGAGAGGGGCCGGUUGACCCCCAGCGACAUGCCUCUCCUGGACUUAAAGGACAUUGUUCUCUACCUUUGUGAUACCUGCACUACACUUUGGGCCUUUCUGGAUAUCUUCCCUCUGGCUUGCCAGACCUUCCAGAAGCACGACUUUUGUUACAGGCUGGCUGCCUUUUACGAAGUGGCAAUUCCUGAAAUGGAGUCUGCAAUUAAGAAGAGGAGGCUUGAAGACAGCAAGCUGCUAGGUGACCUAUGGCAGAGGCUCUCUCAUUCCAGGAAGAAGCUAAUGGAGAUUUUUCACAUAAUCCUGAACCAGAUCUGCCUUGUCCCCAUCCUAGAAAGCAGCUGUGACAAUGUUCAGGGCUUCAUUGAAGAGUUCCUGCAGAUCUUCAGUUCCUUGCUGCAGGAGAAGAGGUUCCUCCGGGACUAUGACGCACUCUUCCCUGUGGCCGAAGACAUCAGCUUGCUGCAGCAGGCCUCGUCAGUCUUGGACGAGACGCGGACUGCCUACAUCCUCCAGGCAGUGGAGAGUGCGUGGGAAGGGGUGGACAGACGGAAAGCUGUGGAGGCUAAAGACCCCUCAGUGGCUGAGGAGCCCAGUGGGAAACCUAAUGGGGUCAUGGUGACAGCAGAGCCAGUCAGUCAAACGUCAUCACAUCUGGAGAACUCGGAGGAAGAGGAGUGCAUGGGAGCAGCCGCUGCCCCAAGCCCCUCCGUGUGCGGCGUGGAGCUGGACUCGCUCAUCUCGCAAGUGAAAGACCUGCUGCCAGACCUUGGCGAGGGCUUCAUCCUGGCCUGCCUGGAGCACUACCACUACGACCCGGAGCAGGUGAUCAACAACAUCCUGGAGGAGCGGCUGGCCCCGCCCCUCUGCCAGCUGGACCGCAGCCUAGACAGACAGGUGAAACCAGACCCAACGCCCCUGCUGACAUCUCGUCACAACAUCUUCCAGAAUGACGAGUUUGAUGUGUUCAGCAGGGACUCAGUGGACCUGAGCCGGGUGCACAAGGGCAGGAGAAAGGAAGAGAACACGCGGAGUCUGCUGAACGACAAGCGAGCGGUGGCGGCGCAGCGGCAGCGCUACGAGCAGUACAGCGUGGUGGUGGAGGAGGUGCCGCUGCAGCCAGGCGAGAGCCUGCCCUACCACGGUGACGACUACGAGGAUGAGUAUGACGACACCUACGACGGCAACCAGGUGGGCGCCAAUGAUGCAGACUCCGAUGAUGAGCUCAUCAGCCGCAGGCCCUUCACCAUCCCUCAGGUGCUGAGAACCAAAGUGCCCGGAGAAGGGCAGGAGGAGGAUGACGAUGAGGAGGAGGAGGCUGAAGAUGAGGCCCCCAAGCCCGACCAUUUCGUGCAGGACCCUGCAGUGCUGAGGGAGAAGGCAGAAGCCAGGCGCGUGGCCUUUCUUGCCAGGAAAGGUUACCGGCAUGACAGCUCGACAGCAGUGGCCGGCAGCCCCCGGGGCCACGGGCAGAGCCGCGAGACAACGCAGGAACGCAGGAAGAAGGAAGCCAGCAAGGCAACGAGAGCCAACCACAACCGGAGAACCAUGGCCGACCGCAAGAGAAGCAAAGGCAUGAUCCCGUCCUGAGGCCGCUGCACCAGGGCCGGCAGGGAGGAGCCGCGCUGCCUUCCCACAGCCUGGGGCCUCCUCACUAGGUGGCCUCCUGCCGGGGCCCCAAGUUCAACUCAACCCCUCAACAGCCUCAGCUUUGCAGCCCCUGAGAAGGCCGCCUUGUCGUCCACCAGCCAGCCACGAGCGCCUUCCUGGAGAACACACAGUGCCUUAUCCCACAGCAGAGCAAUCCGUGGGGCCAGCGAGCAGGCACCCUCCCCCACUGCUCUGGCGGGGAGGGGAUGGGGACAGAGCCCAGGGUAAGCCCCCAAACCUCGUGCAGCAAGACACCACUUCCCUUUCUCCCUGGACGGCAGGAAACCUGUCUAUUCAAACACAAAAAAAGGCCUGCGAAUAAAGUUUUUGACCCUUUCAA